GUCGAGGGAAUGGCCGACAAUGCUGCGCAUGGCAACCACUGUCGAUGGCAUUUGCGGUGGCGCUAAGUGGCCUGCUCUCGUAUUCGACAGCUAUCAAAGCGCGCGGGACUGGAUGGUGGACGUGACGCCACUUGAGAAGCUCAAACCAGUGUUGGACGUCGAGGACUGUGUGCUCUUCUACUUUGGCCGGUGCACCGGUCAGCCUGCCACACGCCCCGAUGAAGUUUUUCACCUUGCCAUUAUGCCAAAGAGCCGAGCAAAUUUGGAACCAUUCGCGCAAAGAACCGAACGUGACACUAUGGACCCACUCUUGACCAUGGCGUUCAAUGAAGCACUCCAGUUCGCAGAUGCCCCAACUAAACUCUGCGCGAUGGAAAUGCUUGUCCGUUUCAUUAUUCAAGACUCAACGUAUUCACUUCCUGCCGACAAUGGAGAAGGCGAUACCAUUGAUUGGAACGCCAUCUUUGAAGUACUGUGGGACAUGCUCGAAGCCGAUGGUUGGGGCUUGUCAACAUUUGGCGACAAGUUGCUAUAUUCUAUCCCCUCCAUGGACUUUUCGAACUUUGAGGUUGGGUCCACCGUGUUUCAAUCCAAACGGCUUGCUUUGAAGAAGGCCGUCGAGUAUUACGCUUCCAGAAGCUGUUCUACAGCCGCUGCCUUAUGGGAUUCCAUGUGGAUCCAAAUGGAAGAACGCAAACAGUGCUCAAUCAUGGUUAUACGAAAUCUGACUUUCUUCGUGACACCCCAAGUCGAGCACUUUGAUCAUCUAAAGACUGGCGAAACAAUGUUUGCCUCGAAGAAGGAUGCGGUCAUUCGAUUUUGCCGGCGGAUUCCCGACUCUUCGCCAAUCAAGUAUUCGAAGCCUAUGGGGAUCGCGCCAGCACCAACUGGCAGCGUUUCACACUCCGCAACUACUUCAGCGAAACCUCUUGCUACAGCGCGCCCUCCCACCAAUGACAUUGUGGAUAUAAAGGAAGCAGCUGUGCAAAUUGCCCCGAGAAAAACGCUGAAGCGAAAAAUGCCGGCCCAGUCCGUGUUUCCCCCCGUUGUGGAGCAACCCGCCCACCGGCGAACGGCGACGUCGGCGUAUCCGUGGGGGUUUGUCUGGGACGUCUUGUCCAAGGACUUUUUGUGGAAGUGCAAGCCUGGCAAGUUUGGUUUCGAUUUUUAUUCUCCCGAUGGCCUGACAUUUGGUACAGAAGAAGAUGUGAUGGAAUAUUUGGUUACAUCCAACAAGUUGUCAGAAAUCGAGCGCUUGAUCAAGCUUCACGGCGCCCCAACUCCCGAGCAAAACAAAGAAAACAGCGCGAAACCCCUUGUACACACAGCUAAAGCUGCUGUUGCUACAAAAGAACCAGCCAAGAUAUCGAAACCGACGAAGUUGGACAGCGAGUCCGAUAACGACGAUGAACCUAUCAUCAAGAAAACCAAGGCCCUCAAGUCGAAAAAACGCCUCUCGUACUCGUCGCCGAAGGCAUCGAAUAAACCAGUUAAAGCCACUUCCCACAGGGCAAGCAUUCCCGAGUCUAUCGGAUUUGGCGUGAUCGAGCGUGUCUUGAAGUCAGUUGGGUGGAAGUGGGUGCAAGGCAAGUUCGAUUAUGUGUAUUGCAAACCCCAUGUAGUACUCGGCAACAAGGGCAAGAUUUUUUCCGGUGACGAGAACGUCGACUUCUUCCGAUCCAAGGAACAGUUUGAAUUAUACGUCCGCAACAACUCAGAGCUGAUGGCUUUCAUUCGAGCGAAAAUCCGUGCAGACAAAGGAUUGUCCCCGCUGAAAGACAACUUUGCCGUACUUGACAUGUCAAGCGACGAAGACCAGUCGGAGAAGGAGCGGAUUGUCCAGAAGCCUAAGUCUAAAGUCCAAGUUGUCGUCGACGACGAAAGUGAAGAAGACCUUCAAAAGAAAUGGUGUCGAAAGGCCAAGAAGUCGUGGUGGCUCGAAGAGAAUUCCCAACCUGUGGCUGGUAUUCCUGCGUUCGAAGUCAAGUUUGGCAACGUGUACAAAUUUCUCCAAACCAAGGGGUGGUCGCAUCGCCCUGGUCAAUUUGGUUAUGACUACUACCGCCCAAACGUUAAGACCGAGGCCGACAAAAUUCUCAAUAAGACAUACUACCAAAGCGAAGCUGACAUGGAAAAACACUUAAGAACAUCUGGCGAGUGGAAAAAAAUUGAAGCAAAGCUGAUGCGCCAACACGAAGCCGCCCAAGCUGGUUUGUCGUCGCCAUCGUCCCAGUCGUCAUCUGGAUCGGAACCCAGCGACAUUGGCAGCUCACUGGCCAACGAAAGGGUUGAUGAUGUGGCGAGUCCCCCACCGCCAGGUCUGUUUUGCCGUAUGUGGCGUCGUUUGGAAGAAAAAGGGUGGACAAAGGUGGCGCCGCAGGAAAUGGAUGGCAUGUACAUGUACUGUUGCCCCAACGGCAAACGAUACACAAAAGAGGAACUGCAGAUGCAUGACGUUGAAACCCUCAUCAACAAUCACAAGAAGAACAACGUCGUCGAAGUUCAUGACUCUAGCGACAGCGACGACAUGCAAAACGAUGAAGCGCAGAAGGAUGAUGAUGAAGUUUCCGUUGUCGAAGGAGAGCCUUCAGAAGUCGCCCAAACUCCGUCCAACGAGAUUCGGAUGACACGCCCUGCGGUCGCCAAGGCCCCACCAGUGGCUGGAUUUAUGUCUCCUGACGAAUCUACUCUCAAGUCGUCAGAUAAGGUUGUGGCGCGCAACGUUCAGCAGGACUUUACCCCGUCGCCAUCGACUGCUGCUGCUGCUUCGAAGCCAGCGCAAACAGAAGUGUCGCCUUCAAAGAAGAAGACCGUGAUGCAAUUGGAAUUCGAACGGGUCUUGCACAAUCUUAGCUCUGGGUACACGACGAAAUCGCCGCUUCUCCAUCGCACGAACGAAUGGCGGGAGCUGGUGAACUUUUUUGAUCGUUGCAUCACCACUGGGCAACGCAAGAGCGUCUUCGUGUCUGGUGCGCCUGGUAGCGGAAAGUCGGCUCUCAUGAAAUUGAUGGAACAACAUGUCGUAUUGGCGUGGAAAGAAUCUUCAUGCGACACAUCUCUCCAAGUGGUCAACCUCAACGCGAUGCAAUUGGGAAACGCUGGUAGUGUCUACAAGUCGAUUGCUGCCCAAGUGACAAACCAAGAUUAUUCGACUGCGGAAGAAGCCACCGCGGCACUUGAGCUGGCAUUCAAGUCCCAGAAUUCUACAACGUUUUUGAUUCUGGAUGAAAUUGAUGUCCUCCUCCAAGGCAAAGGCGAGCGCGACUUGUACCGCCUCUUUGAAUGGGCUCAUCAUCCGUUUUCGUCUGUGAUUUUUGUCGGCAUUGCAAACUCGAUCGACUUGACCCAGCGCCACCUGCCAUUGCUGAAGAGCCAGGACUGCAAACCUCUCUCUGUCGUGUUUGGCGCUUAUUCGCACGAUGCAAUCUCGGACAUUCUCAAGCAACGCGUGUUGACAGACUCGCUGACACCGAUGCCCGUGAUUGACGUCAUGGCAUUGACGUACUUGGCGCGAAAAGUCGCUUCUACCGACGGUGACAUUCGCAAGGCAUUGAGCAUAUGCCGCUCGUGCUUGAUGCAGCAGCAAAUGCGAGACGUGUUGACUCCUGUUACAAUGGCCGACAUGGUUGCCGUUAUGAAGUUAUAUCUGACCUCAUCGAACGCGUCCAAAUGGCAGCAGCAACCUCGCUUGACAAAGCUUGUCCUGUUCGCAGCGUUGCAGGUCCAAACCGAUCGACCAGGUGUGUACAACACAAACACUGUGUACGACAAAUAUUGCGAAGUCGGGCGAAAAUGCAUGAGUAUGUCCCAGCUGAUUUCGAUGGGCGAAUUCAACCAGAUGCUCGACGCGCUGGCUGCAGAAGGGCUUGUCGAAAUCAAGAAGGACAAGAGCUCGUUCAAACUGUUUGGCAGCACCGAAAGUGCCGAGAAGUAUUUUGCAGCCGAUCCGUACUUCCGUGCCCUUCUCUGAUCAAUUUAAUCGACCGACGUGUAUUCUACUACCGCACUGCAUGCCUCACAAAAAGGCUUCACGCAUGAAUUGUGAUGAUGAAAUCACAUACACAUAUAUGUAAUUUUCCAACAUAAUUUCUG